AUGACCGUCCGCUUUGGAAACUACCGUUUAGCGUACUACAUCUUCGUCAUGCUUUUAGCUGGCGUUGUUUUAGGCAUCGGUGCACAUUUUGCCAGCAUCUUCGACGCCGGCCAACAUUCCGGCUUUAGCAUCUUUACGACCGUCGUCGCGUCCCUCAACAUCUUCAUAUUCCUGUUAACACUACAGUGGUCCCAACCCAGGGUUGAAGCGUUCGUGCUAUUCGUCAUCGGAGUGCUCUGGUUGUCAUUGGGAGCAUGGUCAACUGACAUCAUUGGCCAUGUACAAUGUGAUGCCAUCCCAUCCAACCAGACGAUUGCAACCAAAGGUGAAGAAGGCAGCUUUUCACGGAGAACAUGGUGCUCCGAGAUGAAGGUUGUUCAAGCAUUCUCUUGGGCGCUGUUCGCACUUUUCGUCAUUGGAUUCUACAUCCUCUUCCAGCUUGUUGGCGAGGCCCGAAAAUUCGGCCGUCAUUACAUCUGGGAAGAGCCCAUCCGGGAGCUUCCCUGGUUCGGCGAGAUGCCAGGCUACUACAAUACACACACUGGUCCUGGACCCAUGCCUUACCCGGCAUCUGGCUACCCUGGUGGCUACCCCGGAUACCCCGCUCCUUCCGCCGGCAACGCUAUCAUGAUCCAGCCUGGCAUGAACGGUGCUCCCCCAACUAUCACCCAAGUCCCGAUGAGUUCUGUGCCUCCCUUGUCCCCAUGA